AAGCGAAAACAAAAUAUUUUUUAUUUUUUAAAUAUAAAACAGGCAUUUUAAAUGCCUAAAAAAUACUGCAAAAUUCGAAAAAUACCUUAAAUAAUGAUAAAUCUAUUCAAUAAAUAAAUUAAUACAAAAAUAUCUAAUCACAAACGUAAAAUAAAGUCCAUUAUAAAAAGCGGUAUUUGUGGUGAGAACACAUCUCUAUAAAGAGAGUGAGAGGUAGUCUAUGAAAUAGAAGAAAAUCAGGGAGAUUACCUACGGCAAUUUUUUUUAUGAAAAUCUUCCAAAAUUUAAAAUUGUAAAAUAUUUUCAUAACUUGGUUAAAUUUUAAGUAGUUAAAGUGGCUAAAAUGAGUUUUUCCAGUGACGAAGUAAACUUUUUAGUUUACCGAUAUUUGCAAGAAUCUGGUUUUACACAUUCGGCUUUUGUAUUUGGUAUUGAAUCCCAUAUAUCACAAAGUAAUAUAAAUGGAGCUCUCGUUCCACCUGCUGCCUUGUUGACAAUACUGCAAAAGGGUUUAUUAUAUACAGAGGUUGAGUUGUCAUUAGGUGAGGAUGGGAUGUCCGUAAGAGCUAUAGAAAGUCUUAGUCUAAUAGAUGCCGUAAUGCCAGAAGCUAAACCUCCCGUAGUUAAAACAGAGGCUGGCAAAGCGGGAAAUGGAGAAAAUUCGAAUGCUGGAAGUGGAAGCACAGCAUCUGGUGGUAAUUCAGCUUCAAAUGUUAAAUCAGAAGUAAAAGCAGAAGGUACAACAACGGGUAGUGGAUCUUCAGCAAAUGCCGCCGGCUCAACGGGUACUUCCAAUUCAGCAGCAGAAAACACUGAAGCGGAUAGUAAUGCUGCCGGAGCUGCAACAGGCACGGGAGGCUCACCAGCCGGAACAAAUACUACUACAGGAAACGCUACCAACACUACAGCUGCCAAUGCUUCAGACGAUAAGAAGAGUGACUCGGCUGCUGGAGGUAAUACUACGACCAAUGCUGACGAUGCCACCUCUUCUUCCUCCACAAAUGGUAGUUCAAGUAACACAACUUCCACUGAUGCAGCAUCUGCUGGUGCCGCUGGAGGAGCUACCAGCUCUUCUGGAACCGCUACACCCACUACAGCUGCACAAACUGGUUCUGCUGGUGGUUCCGGUUCAGCACCCGGUGGGAAUGCAGCCACUGCACCCACAUCUGCUCAAACCGUCCCUAGUAGUGCGACAGCUACGAGUGCGGGAAGUGCGGCUGGUUCGGGUAAUGUAGAAGCAAUGGAAAUUGAUUCUGAUAUUGAAAUACCGGCAUCAAAAGCAACCGUAUUAAGAGGUCAUGAAAGUGAAGUUUUCAUUUGUGCUUGGAAUCCAUCACGAGAUUUAUUAGCUAGUGGUUCGGGCGAUAGCACUGCACGUAUUUGGGAUAUGUCUGAUGCAAUGAGUUCACCCAACCAAUUGGUUCUGCGCCAUUGCAUACAAAAAGGAGGAGCAGAAGUACCCAGCAAUAAGGAUGUAACAUCUUUAGAUUGGAACUGUGAUGGCACUCUUUUAGCUACGGGCAGUUAUGAUGGUUUUGCUCGUAUUUGGAAAACUGAUGGACGAUUAGCAUCGACAUUGGGGCAACAUAAGGGUCCCAUAUUUGCCUUAAAGUGGAAUAAACGUGGCAACUACAUACUUUCUGCUGGUGUUGACAAGACUACCAUUAUUUGGGAUGCUUCUACCGGACAAUGUACUCAGCAAUUUUCAUUCCACAAUGCACCAGCCCUUGAUGUUGAUUGGCAAACAAACAAUUCAUUUGCAUCUUGUAGUACUGAUCAACGUAUUCAUGUGUGUCGUUUGGGUUCCGAAGUGCCCGUCAAAACGUUUAAAGGCCACACGAACGAGGUCAAUGCAAUCAAGUGGUGCCCACAGGGUAAACUGUUGGCCUCAUGUUCUGAUGAUAUGACUUUAAAGAUUUGGUGCAUGAGUCGAGACAAAUGUUGCCACGAUUUGCAGGCACAUUCUAAGGAAAUCUAUACAAUUAAAUGGUCACCCACGGGUCCUGGUACACAAAAUCCAAAUACAAAUUUACUAUUGGCGUCAGCAUCAUUUGACUCCACUGUACGUUUGUGGGACGUGGAAAGAGGCAUGUGUAUACACACGUUGACGAAACAUACAGAACCAGUCUAUUCGGUGGCGUUCUCACCUGAUGGCAAGUAUUUGGCAUCUGGUAGCUUUGAUAAAUGCGUACACAUUUGGAGUACUCAAUCAGGACAGUUGGUACACAGUUACAAGGGUACCGGUGGUAUAUUUGAAGUUUGUUGGAAUUCUAAAGGAACAAAGGUGGGAGCUAGUGCUUCCGAUGGCAGCGUAUUUGUACUGGAUCUCAGAAAAUUUUGAUCAGCACAGUUAUCGUCGCCAGCUUGUAUUGCUCUACCCAGAGAUGGAUUCUUUUAAACGGAGUCUGCAACAAGCAUUGAUCUUUCUUUUUUUUUUUGUAAUUUUUAGCAAAAAAAACAAAAACAGAACAUUUCGUAGCAUUUAAGUUAAAAGCGUUAAGAUUAUCUUCUUUUUAAACGUAAGAUACAAAACAAAUUUCUUAAUUUUUAUUAUUCUACUUUACUUUCGCUAUCCUCGAUAUUUUGUGUUUAAAAAUUCCAAUGUGGUCGUCCAAUUUUAACCUAUAUGGGACUGAUUUGGAGUAACAGAGUUGCUUUUCAAAUCAGGUUUUGAAAAUUAAAUUUAUUUGUUUAUUAUAUACAUGCAUACUAUUUUUUUUAAAAAAACUUUGUUUAAGCUUAAAUGUUUAACAAGAUUGGUUAAGUUGAUUAAACUAUAAUAUAAAUAUAUCCUUUCCCACUCUCUCUCUCUCUUUAUUCUGUAACUCGACCUUACUUCCUCAGAACAAAUAAAAUUUAAGUGAACUUUUUUUAACGAAACAAUUUCGGAUGAAGUAAGCAAAAAAAAAAUAAUUUAUAGUAACAAAUAAAUAAUAAAAAAAAUAUAAAAAUUUGGAAUGCAAUAAGUUUCAUUAAGUAAAA